AUGACGAGUACAGUGAUGAUGAUUGGUGAGAUUGGAUAUAGAGAAACCUUAAUUGAUACAUCUGGCACUAGCUUACUACCAUUUCCUGUAUUGAGUUUCGUGAUAUUCGCCAUCUUCGUAGUUACCAUGGCAAUACUGUUGGCUAAUCUCUUGGUAAGUGUUUUAGUUGUGUAUACAUUAGUAUAUGCACCCUUUUGAUAAAACUAGAUUGAUGAAAUGCCCUCAUUCCUAAAGGUAAAGAGAAGGCUAGUCAUCAUUCUUUGCAGCUUGGAGCUGAAGGGUUGCUAGGGUACAUCUGACUGUCACAAAAUAACCAGUGUCUAACAAAGGAGCACAGCAUAGGUAGAAGAAUUAGUUUAUGGUGAGGGGGAAAUCCAUCCUCAAAGUACAGGAGAGAACCAAGCACAACUCUACUUACACAAAUUUUCAAGCACAACAGGUCAAAGCAUGCAGGGUUCACCCAUCAAAUAUCAGGUCAGAGGAGGGUUCACCUAUCAAGCAACAAUACCCAACCCUCAACCUUCAGUAGCAACCCACCCAUGUUUCCGCACCCCAGUAAACUAAACCUGACCGUCUCGUUCGCUCUCCUAGAUCGGUCUAGCAGUGGGAGAUAUUGACGGAGUACAGAGCAAUGCCAAUAUGAGUUUGAUGGCAAUGUUGGUAGAUUACGUAACAGAGAUUGAAGAAAAGUUACCAAUGUUUAUCCAGAAACGACUGUACCAGCCACGCCUGGUAGAGAAACCUAACACACCUAUACCACGGUAAGAUAGUAAGAUGCUGGUUUCUGACGAUCAUUAUGAUGGCAAUUGGCAUGCUAGUUAGUCCAUGUCUCUUUCACCUCGGCGCCUGGGCCGGACUGACGAUCGGUCCAUCGGACGCUCGGAAUUACUGAAAGGAGGAGAGAUUCAGAAUCUUUUACUUUCUUAAAAAUACACCUGGUUUCUGAGCUAUGAUACCGGGACACGAAUAACCCCUUCCGUGUACAAGUUUCCCGGUCCGGCCACCAAUUUAUAAGUGACAAAAAACUUUGCGAAACUAUAGAAUUGGCGACGUGUCUUAGGAAAUGUUAGGUACCUGAAUAAAGACAUAACAGAAGUGUAUCUUCUUAUCAAAAGUGCGUAAGGGAUUUUUUCAGUCCGCCAUGUUCUUAGCAAGUGCCCUAAAGAAAGGCAGUCACCCCCCUGAAAACAUAUUGAAAAUUUAAUAUUCCAGGGGGGUGAAUGCCUCUCUUUAGAGCACUCACUAAGAACAUGGCCGCCAGCUAUUUCGGUAAAAAAGCGCCUUACGGUUUUGUAAUGGAAGUUACACUUCUGUAUGUCUUUAUUCUGUGGUUAGGUACCUGAAUGUUCUCGAAGCUCAAACUAGUCCCCCCCCCCCCUAAUCGUCACAUUACAAUGUAUGAAUGUAAAAUGGUUUAUUCUUUGCUUCCAGGAAAGUUAAAAUUUUCAAACGGUUGCUCUGGGAGAUCACAGGAGAUCCAAGCUGUGAAUCACAACAAGCAGUUCAAGAGGUGCUCAAGAAUCGCUUCCAGAAAGCGAAGUUUGAAGAUUCUCAGAAGAUCUCUCGUAUCGAAGCAAGGCUCAAUGAACAGCAACGUGCCAUCAAGCAACUAAAGAAGCUGGCACAGUCUCAGACUAAAUUGUUGCAAGACCUGACCGCGAGCCUGGGUUUAGGGACUGGGAACGAACAAAACGCGACAAUUAUCGAUGGACUGAGUACUGAGUAUGGAUUUCGUAGCAGACACACGUGGCUACACUGA